AGUAGUAGUAGUAGUAGUAGUAGUAGUAGUAGUAGUAGUAGUAGUAGUAGUAGUAGUAGUAGUAGUAGUAGUAGUAGUAGUAGUAGUAGUAGUAGUAGUAGUAGUAGUAGUAGUAGUAGUAGUAGUAGUAGUAGUAGUAGUAGUAGUAGUAGUAGUAGUAGUAGUAGUAGUAGUAGUAGUAGUAGUAGUAGUAGUAGUAGUAGUAGUAGUAGUAGUAGUAGUAGUAGUAGUAGUAGUAGUAGUAGUAGUAGUAGUAGUAGUAGUAGUAGUAGUAGUAGUAGUAGUAGUAGUAGUAGUAGUAGUAGUAGUAGUAGUAGUAGUAGUAGUAGUAGUAGUAGUAGUAGUAGUAGUAGUAGUAGUAGUAGUAGUAGUAGUAGUAGUAGUAGUAGUAGUAGUAGUAGUAGUAGUAGUAGUAGUAGUAGUAGUAGUAGUAGUAGUAGUAGUAGUAGUAGUAGUAGUAGUAGUAGUAGUAGUAGUAGUAGUAGUAGUAGUAGUAGUAGUAGUAGUAGUAGUAGUAGUAGUAGUAGUAGUAGUAGUAGUAGUAGUAGUAGUAGUAGUAGUAGUAGUAGUAGUAGUAGUAGUAGUAGUAGUAGUAGUAGUAGUAGUAGUAGUAGUAGUAGUAGUAGUAGUAGUAGUAGUAGUAGUAGUAGUAGUAGUAGUAGUAGUAGUAGUAGUAGUAGUAGUAGUAGUAGUAGUAGUAGUAGUAGUAGUAGUAGUAGUAGUAGUAGUAGUAGUAGUAGUAGUAGUAGUAGUAGUAGUAGUAGUAGUAGUAGUAGUAGUAGUAGUAGUAGUAGUAGUAGUAGUAGUAGUAGUAGUAGUAGUAGUAGUAGUAGUAGUAGUAGUAGUAGUAGUAGUAGUAGUAGUAGUAGUAGUAGUAGUAGUAGUAGUAGUAGUAGUAGUAGUAGUAGUAGUAGUAGUAGUAGUAGUAGUAGUAGUAGUAGUAGUAGUAGUAGUAGUAGUAGUAGUAGUAGUAGUAGUAGUAGUAGUAGUAGUAGUAGUAGUAGUAGUAGUAGUAGUAGUAGUAGUAGUAGUAGUAGUAGUAGUAGUAGUAGUAGUAGUAGUAGUAGUAGUAGUAGUAGUAGUAGUAGUAGUAGUAGUAGUAGUAGUAGUAGUAGUAGUAGUAGUAGUAGUAGUAGUAGUAGUAGUAGUAGUAGUAGUAGUAGUAGUAGUAGUAGUAGUAGUAGUAGUAGUAGUAGUAGUAGUAGUAGUAGUAGUAGUAGUAGUAGUAGUAGUAGUAGUAGUAGUAGUAGUAGUAGUAGUAGUAGUAGUAGUAGUAGUAGUAGU